AUGGUGCUGGGGAAGGUGAAGAGUUUGACAAUAAGCUUUGACUGUCUCAGUAACAGCAAUAUCCCCGUGUAUUCUAGCGGGGACACAGUCUCAGGAAGGAUCAGUUUAGAAGUUACUGGGGAAAUUAGAGUGAAAGCUCUUAAAAUUCAUGCAAGAGGACAUGCAAAAGUACGUUGGAGCGAAUCUAGAAAUGCUGGAUCCAACACUGCCUAUACACAAAAUUACACUGAAGAAGUCGAGUAUUUUAACUAUAAGGACGUUCUAGUCGGGCGUGCAAGAGAUGAUGGCAAUUUGGAAGAAGGCCUUCACAUCAUUCAUUCAGGAAGGCAUGAAUAUGCAUUCAGCUUUGAGCUUCCACAGAUACCACUUGCUACCUCAUUCGAAGGCAGACACGGCAGUGUGCGGUAUUGGGUGAAAGCUGAAUUGCAUAGGCCUUGGCUUCUACCAGUAAAAUUAAAGAAGGAAUUUACAGUCUUUGAACAUAUAGACAUCAACACUCCUUCGUUACUGUCACCCCAAGCAGGCACAAAAGAAAAGACUCUAUGUUGUUGGCUUUGUACCUCAGGCCCAAUAUCUUUAAGUGUGAAAAUUGAAAGAAAGGGCUACAUCCCAGGUGAAUCAAUUCAGAUCUUUGCAGAGAUUGAGAAUUGCUCUUCCCGUAUGGUAGUGCCAAAGGCAACCAUUUACCAAACGCAGGCAUUCUAUGCCAAAGGGAAAAUGAAGGAAGUCAGACAGCUUGUUGCCAACCUCCGUGGGGAAUCCUUGUCAUCUGGCAAAACAGAAACCUGGAAUGGCAAACAGUUGAAAAUUCCGCCUGUUUCCCCUUCAAUCCUUGACUGUAGUAUAAUCCGUGUGGAGUAUUCACUGAUGGUAUAUGUUGAUAUUCCAGGAGCUGUGGAUUUGUUCCUUAACUUGCCACUGGUCAUUGGUACCAUUCCUCUACAUCCAUUUGGUAGCAGAACAUCAAGCGUAAGCAGCCAGGGUAGCAUGAGCAUGAACUGGCUUGGUCUGACUCUGCCUGAAAGACUAGAAGCACCUCCUAACUAUGCAGAAGUGGUCACAGAGGAAAACAGACAGUCUGGGCUUGCUCCUGUAGCUGCUUUUGAUGAUUUUCAGAGAGCACUGCAAGGACCAUUAUUUGCAUACAUCCAGGAGUUUCGUUUUCUGCCUCCUCCCCUAUAUUCAGAAAUUGAUCCAAACCCAGAUCAGCCCACAGAUGAGAUACCGUCUUGCCCCUCUCGUUGA